AUCAUGUGUUUUGACGUGUCGGGUGUGUCUAGUCUAGAAUAGAGUACAACACUGCUCUGUGGUCGUCUCUGUAACUGAUGGUGAAGACUCGAUGCUGGUAGCUGCAACAGCGAUCAUCAAGGACCAUGGCAUACCGUGUGAACAUUAGCCAAACAGAUUCUGACUCUGAGUCUGACUUUGAGGACAUGGGAGGAAGCAAACCCGGUCAAGGCACUUUCCGGUUUAUAAGAGAGCCUGCUGCCAGCACCCAGAGGUGUCCUGAGUCCUUACAGAUGGACGAUUUUAGGGAAUGCACAGGUGCAAAUAGAGAAGAUCUUCCAUUCACUGCAAGCGGCCACAUGAGAGACGAGACACUUGACACAGGGCAGAGGAAGUCUCUGCAGAGGCAUCACUGGUCAGCUGCUACUUUAAAUGUGCUCUCCUCAAUGCCCAGUCGCACUGCUGGGAUAAAUGCAGUUAUUCCCAAGUAUGCGAGAGACUCAUCUCAGCAACCUCAGACUUCCUCCCAUGAUUCUUCUCACCACUCCAAACCAAUCCAGGCUGACUUUGUCCAGGAAGAAAUGGAGGAAAUAAGUGCUGAAGAAAACAAGUAUGAGCAGUUGGUGUCCAACCUCAGAGGCCUCUCAGUGAGCGAGGCCAUGCGAAAGCUGCGAGCCACGCCGCUCAGCUUGGCAGAUAAGAUGAGAGUCAGGCGACUUGCUUUCAGGGACGUAGAUGAGAGUUCAUUCAUCAGCAGGAAUAUCGCAUGCUACAGGCGUCUAGGCUUGUACAUUUCAAGGACUUGGUGUCACUGCCUGUUCAGCUGCCUCUCCGUCCUCGCCUCCCUCCAGCUGUGGCAUUCACCGAUGAAGAUACUUAGCGGACGUUUUGGAACCGGGGUGCUAUCCUACUUCCUGUUUCUCCGGACCCUCCUGCUCUUUAACCUCUUCCUCUUCACUAUCAACGGCCUGUUCCUGGUCUUUCCACAAGCAGUCAACCCUCCUCCUCAUGACCUUCAUUCCAACAAUUUCACUGGCCUUGAGUUGCUCACAGGCACGGGUUACCUCUCUCAGAGUGUGAUGUUUUACGGCUUCUACACCAACACUACCCUCACAACGUGCCGGGCUGUAAAUGCAACUAAAACAGCUGAUCUGCCAAUCUGUGACCCCCUCCAGCCCCAGAUGGUGCCAUACAGCAUACCUGCAGCAUAUUUAUUUACCAUCGCCAUCUCCUUCUUCAUUAUCUGCAUCAUCCUUGUGUACAGCAUGUCCAAGUCCUUCGGGAGAAGUUUUCAAGUCCUCAAGUCCAACAGGAAUCUGGCAGGAAACAUUUUCUGUAUCUGGGACUUUAAAGUCAGCAAGAACACGUCUGUCAGACUGCAAUCUGAGAAAAUCAGCACUCAGCUCAAAGAGCUGAUGUCUGAGCUGACCAGUGGAGAGGAUGCAAAGAGCUACACGCAGCGACUCUGCCGCCUCAUGGUGCACGUGCUGGCAUGGGUUAUAUGUCUUAUCAGCAUUGUCCUGAGCGCCAUGGCAGUCCACUACCUAUCAGAGGCUUGUAUCACUCAGAGUCCCUUCAAAGACACGGAGCUGCUGCUGCCUGCAGUGGUGUCGGCCAUUAACCUCUUACUGCCCGGCCUCUUCAACCUGUGCACCUGGGUAGAGAAUUACGACUCACCCAGCGUAUGCGUCUAUGUCUCCAUCUUCAGGAACCUGAUGUUGAAAGUCAGUAUUGUUGGAGUGCUAUGUUUCCGCUGGCUGGGGAGAAUAGCUGUGGAACCAGAAAGUCAUGGUUUACAGUGUUGGGAGAACUGUGUGGGACAAGAACUGUAUUGUUUGCUCCUCAUGGACUUUGUCUUCACUGUGCUUUACACUUUCUUGGGAGAGUUCCUGUGGAGGCUCUUUUUCAAGCAAGUGCUGAGAAGGAACAGGAAGCCAGUGUUUGACAUUGCCCGUAAUGUGCUGGAACUCAUAUAUGGACAAACCCUUACCUGGCUUGGGGUGCUGUUUGCUCCACUGCUUCCUGCAGUCCAGAUCAUAAAACUAUUUGUGUUAUUUUACAUGAAGAAGAGCAGUUUAUUGCUUAACUGUCAGGCAUCCAGACAGCCCUGGAGAGCCAGUCAGAUGACAACACUGUUCGUUUCUCUUUUGUUCUUCCCCUCAUAUCUCGGCGCUGCUGUGUCUGUCACUUAUACAAUUUGGACGAUUAAACCCUCGACAGAGUGUGGCCCUUUCAGGAAUCUCACCACAAUGUUUCACUCGGGCAAGCUGUGGGUCCAGCAGCUGGAGAGCUCCAACACGCUCCUGUUCUGGCUCAGCUGGGCCUACGACUUUCUGGUGGAGAACCCACUGUUCUUGUUCGUCGUCAAUGGAGUCUUUCUAAUAGUGAUAUACGUUCACAGUCAAGUUGUCGAUGGCCAAAGGAGGAUCGUCAGUCGGUUACAAAAGCAAAUUGAAAAUGAGGGUAAAGACAAAAAGUUCCUCAUCACCAAUUUGCAAGCCCUUUAUGAACGGAGUAGUCGGGUUUCUCCUUACUGAUAAGGAAGGUAUUCGCAAUACUGUAUUUCCUCCUUGUGGUCGUAACAUGUUCUGAUUCGCACGCUUUCUUUGUUUAACUGACCUCACGUUCAAGCUGGAAAGGAAGUUGUGCGACCACUUUCUUACUUCUAAACAACAUUGACACCAUUCUGUACCACUGGAAAUAAAUGAACUCACUGGUGUUAAGCAAACUCAAGUACAAGCAAUGAGAACACAAGUAAAAGCCAAACCAGUAAUAUGUGCGCUAUUUUCAAAUAUAUUCCACAAUGUUUGCAGUGGUUAAUAUACUGGAAGAACAUGAACUAACACUGGCUGUUAGCACUAUAUAUGAUAUUUAGCAUAUUAUGUCAAAACAUACUUUUAUGUUACAUUCUGUUGAAGUUUAUGCAUAAUGAUCUUGAAUAUGUUGUAUGAAAAUAAAUGAACACAUCUUGA